CAAGCCACAACUCACCAGCCCGGCGCUAUUAUAAUCCAAAAUAAUACCGGAAGCUGUGCGCAAUGCAAUAGCGUGCAAUGGAUACCCUACACGCCAAAGCAGACUGGGAGCGCGUGGGGGACAAGUGGUUUCGCAAGACGCAACUGUACACCGAGGUGUUUGACCAAGACUUGGACCUCGACACAUACAUUAUCGCUGGAGCUCCUUACGGAGGAGCAAUAGCGCUCUGGCGCGAUGAAACGAAGCUCCAGGCCUACCAAGCGGGCAAGUCUCUAAAGCCGACGGUCGAUAUAUACAGCUUAGCAGGAAAGAAGCUGCUCAGCGUGCAGUGGGAUAAAGGACCUGUCAAGGGACUAGGCUGGUCUGACGACGAGACACUCCUGAUUGUCGCGGCCAACGGCGAAGUUUCGUGCUACGAUUUGCAAGGCGACUUUAGCACAUUCUCGCUCGGCCAUGGAGCAGACAACUAUGGUGUUGAGUCGUGCGCGUUCCAUAACGACGGCAUGGUUGCCUUGCUCGGCAACAACACCUUCAUCGCUGUCAGUUCGUAUAUAGAGCCGCGGCCUGCUGCGCUGGCUACGCCACCGUCGGGCGAGAUCCAGGCGUGGUCCAUUAUGCCACCAGAGCAUACACUCUCUCGCACUGUAGAAGUCCUUGCGAAUAUUGGCUCUACCGUUUUUGCUAUUGAUGCUACUGAGUGCGAGGAUCGCUACGUGGACUUUGGCGCACUGAGCCAUAUUAGUGUCUCCCCCGACGGCAUGUACAUUAACCUCUACUCGACGCAAGGCAAAGCCCACAUUAUAUCGAGCGACUUCCAAGACCAAAUUAUGGAACAUGAAUCCGACUCGAAAACGCCGCCUCUGUAUGUUGGGUGGUGCGGCAGCGACGCCAUCAUUGCCUGGGAAGACGAACUGCAUAUUAUUGGACAGGGCUCAGAAUCCUCGACGUAUAUUUACGACGCAACGCGCAUACACAUUAUAUCCGAACGUGACGGAGCACGAGUAAUUACAAACGAUUUUUGCGAAUUUAUAGAAAGGGUACCCGAUGCUACACUACAAGCGUUUGGGGCGUCUACAGAAUCGUCACCCGCCGCUAUUCUGCUCGACGCUGUUGGCCAAUUAGAACUGGGAUCACCAAAAGCAGACGACUACAUUCAACUCAUUAGACCGAAUUUGACAGAAUCUGUAGACACUUGCGUCAAUGCUGCUGGCAGAGAGUUUGACGCAGAAUGGCAAAAGCGACUCUUGAAGGCGGCAUCGUUCGGAAAGUCGGUACUGGAUAUCUACAACAGCGACGAGUUUGUCGAAAUGUGCGAGACACUGCGCGUUCUCAACGCUGUCAGAUUUUAUAAGGUGGGACUCGGCGUGUCUUUCGAACAAUUCCAUCGCCUAACACCUGAACACCUCAUUAAACGCCUGCUCAACCGCCACGAAUACCUCCUCGCUCUGAAAAUCGCAUCCUAUCUCAAACUUCCAUCAGACCGUAUAUACAUCCACUGGGCAGCAGCCAAGGUUCGCACGGGCACAGAAGACGAAGACACGAUCUGCCGACUCGUCGUCGAACGCCUUUCUGGAAAGCCCGGCAUUUCAUUUGAAGAAAUUGCACGAGCCGCGAACCACGAAGGCCGAACACACCUUGCUACUGAGCUUCUUAACCACGAGCCUCGUGGUGGCAAGCAAGUGCCACUACUGUUAGAGAUGGAUCAGGAUGAUAUUGCGCUCGACAAGGCAGUUGAGAGCGGCGAUACCGAUCUGAUUGCCUGUGUCCUGUUCCACUUGAAAAAGAAGCACUCGCUAUCAGAAUUCUUCCGCAUCAUCAACAGUAGACCGACGGCAUCAGCACUUGUAGAAGCUGGCGCGCUUCUUGCGGACGACACAACCAUGCUCAAGGACCUCUACUACCAAGACGAUCGCCGCGUUGAGGGUGCCAACGUCUUCAUUCGAGAAUCCCUGCGCCAGCCAGACAGCCGGACGGCGUCGGAUAAGUUGGCACUGGCAGGCAAGCUGCUUUUGGAUUCCAAGGACUCGGCUGUUGAAACGAUUGCAAUCAAGGAAGCCAUGGCGCUGCUGAGGCUGCAAGACGCCUUGGAGAGGGAUCUUACAGACAAAUUCACUGGCCUCAGCGUCAACGAGACCAUGUCGAAGCUCAUUCACCUGGGAUACCACUCCCGCGCGAAGAAGAUUCAGAGCGAAUUCAGAGUCCCAGAAAAGGUAGCCUGGUGGAUCAGACUUCGGGCUCUGGUCGCCAAGCGAGAAUGGAGCGAGAUUGAAGACAUUGCCAAGAACAAAAAGAGCCCGAUUGGCUGGGAGCCGUUCUACAACUUGAUCCUGCAAGCCGGUAACCCACGCCUUGCCUCGCAGUUUGUAGGAAGAUGUCUCGUCGAGACUGGCGAGACUAUUACCAUGUACGAAAAGUGCGGUAUGAGGGUCAAGGCAGCCGAGGAAGCUGUCCGCCUCAAGGAUGCGGAGUCGUGGCAGAGGCUUCUACAAGCUGCAGGUAGAGCGACACCCGAAGGACGAGAGAUUGAGAGGCUAGGAGCCACAGUCUUUACAAAGAAGUAAUGCUGAGUGACUUGGAAUUCAUACAUAUCCCAUGGAAAUAAUUAUACAUUUUUAAUGCCUGCCCCCUUCUAUCUAAACGCCUGUAAAGCUGCAUCUUUCGCUACUACUUUAUAUACAAGAGAUACUACUUUUGGUUCUUCUUGAGUAUGCCCGUGACAUCUCGGUACAUUUGCUCGUUAGCCAGCAUCUGAAUCGCUAGCUGUGCUUCUGCACGCGCCACGAUUUCCGUCUGAUUGUAACUGAACUGCGUACCGGCCUGCUGAGCAAACCCGGGCUCGUGGUUGAAAGCACAGGCAGUCUUACUGGCAGGAUCGCAGAUGUUGUAGUUUGCAUGGAAAACCACUCUAUCAACACCUGUUACAGAAUGAUCCGCACCAAGUGUCGCAUUCUGCAACCACGAAGCAUCAGUAGAAGCAGGAGCAAGAUCUGUCUUGGCCCAGUCAUGCAAGUCGUAUCCUGGUGACGAAAUAAUGGACAGGAAUGCGUCGGGAAUAGACGGCGUGAGCUCCAAGCUGGGGUAUUUGACAUCGUGCGUGAUGUUCGUGGUUAAGUUGGCAAGAGCCUUGUCGACCGAUGCCGACAGGGCGGGCAGAUCAGAAGUGUAUCGUGUUCGCAGGUCAAUUGUGAUGUCGAGUUCCUUGGUGGUAGUGUUACCCGGAAGAUAAAAGGCGUGCUUCGCAUCCUUGGACAUGGCGCGGAAGAGCUCGGUCGACAGGAUCAGCGGACUCUUUGUCGAGUGGGAGCCGUGGCCGCCAGGCCCAGUCAUGUUGACAGCAAUACCGUCUUUAUCCUGGAACACGGUGUACUUGACAUUGGGAUACGUGCUGUCGAGGAUAGAGUCGAGCGUUUUGCGGACCUCGUCUGCCGUGGUGCUAGUCACGCCGAGGCUGAUGAAUGUCUGGACCGUGUUUGUAGCAUACACGCCAAUGUUUUCAAUAGUGGCAGCGCUGGAGGCCGUGCCUGGCAGAUUUCCCGUCAAGCCGUCUGCCGCAAGAAGACCCUGGUAUGCCUUGUAGACUGCUUCUUGGUGCGUCUUGCCCUGAAAGCGGGCGAAACAGUUGAGGCGCGAGUUCAUUGGCUGAAUGGCGCUUUUCACCGUAGGAUGGGCCAUGACCCAGACAUCCGCGCUGUCAAAUGCACCACGGGCAUUGAGGAUGUGUUUCCCAGCUGCGUUUUCUUCGUCUGGUGUACCAAUGAGCUUGAUGCGGCCGGGGAGGUCAAACUUUUGCAGCGCCAGACUUGUCAAGAUGGCAGUGGACAUGCCAUUGAGAGAGAUGUGGUUGUGGCCGCACGCAUGACCGAUACCGACGAGAGCAUCGUACUCGGCAAGAAAGCCAAUGGUCUUGAGGGGGCCUUUGAAGCCGACGGGGCGGUGCUCAAAGGUCAUUUCGAAGGACGUGGGCAAAUUGAAGGCAUGCGGGACGACGGUCCAUUGGGGCAGCUUUUUGAAGUGGGAGACGAUGCGGUCGCUGGCGCGGUGUUCGUCCAGUCCGACUUCGGGAUCAGCGUGAAUGGCAACGCUGAUGGCCUUCAAGUCGGGGAAGAUGAUGUCUGAUGAAGUUUUGAGGAAGGUCGGUAGUGUAGAGAGGUCUUUGGCGGUGCAGAGGCCAGCACCAACCACGGCGAAAGCGAUAGCUGGUUUCAUGGUGGGCG